AUAAGAGCUUGUUUUGUUCCAUGUAUAAUGUUGACAACGUAAGAAAAAAGUGACACUUGUUGCUUGUUGCCGGUAAAUGUGAUUUUUGUUAGAGUUGUAAUUAUCAUCUUAUAAAAGGAGACAUGUCACAAGCUCAGCCUGCAACUCUGGAUGGCUUGCCGAAACAGUUUGUGGUGGCAAUGCGAACUUUGUUUGAUAUAAUGGACGAUAAGAAGACAGGCUACGUAGAGUUUUCCGAAAUCGAGUACAGAUGGCAGGAUGACGGAACUAAGGGCCUUCCGAAAGGAGUCAUUGACAGUUUACAGAAGGUGACACCCCCAAACGGUCUCUUGUCAUUUGAACGUUUCUGUGCCGGUUUGAAAAUCUGCUUGCUGCGCAACCAGCUGGGCCAACCACACAAGCAGCCGCCCGCGGAGCCGUCCUCGUCCCAGCCCGUCCGCCCGCCGUCCGCGCCCAUCCUGGACGUGGACCAGUCGAAGGCCUGGCCGGCCGGCAACACGGCCGCGGUGCGCCCCAACAACGCCAUGCCCCAGCAGAGGACGCUCAGCAUGCCGCAGCUGCUGGGCGAGAGGAAGGAGAACGUGCAGCCCGACCCGGGCGACCCGCGCAGCUACGGCGGGGAGGGCAAGCCGGCCGGCGUGCUGUACGGGCCGCCCAAGCCCCCCCGGCUGGCGGCCGGGCUCGAGAGAGGCGUGCCGGCCGCGGGCGGCGACAGGAACAUGGACAAGGCGGAGAUCCGCAACGCGCUCCAGAACUGGCAGAUGGGCCUGAUGAUGGGGGACCAUGCCGUCCCGGACAAGCGGCUCGUGUACCCGGUCGUCGACGCCAGAGCGGUCGUCCGCGGGAGCAGGAGUUCCGGAGAUGGGAAACCAUCAGGUCAGCCGGAUCAGGGGGGAAUUGCUUACAAGAAAACCACCAGUCGGCGGAGAGAGCCAAGAAGACAUACGUUGCAGAACGGCAUUGAUUACAACAUGCUGAAGAGGAUGAAGCAGAUCGAACAGGAGAAGGACGUGCUGAUUCAAGGGCUGCAAGCGGUCGAGCGAGCCAGGGAGUGGUAUCUCAAGCAAGUUGGCACCGUGCAAGAGAAAAUGAAGUAUUUAGGAAGAAUGGGGUCUCACAUGGAGCAGUGGACGGAGGCCCAGCAGGAGCGACUGGACCUGCAGCGCGCCCGGGUGCUGGAGGUGAACCGCCACCUGGCGGCCCUCGCCGACAGCUGGGAGCGCGGCGGGCUGCCCCUGCACAUGAACCUGGCGGUGCACCACCCGCCCCCCGCCCCCCACCACAUACUCUCCCGCCUCAAGCAGCAGAACCACCUGCUCACCGAGGAGGUCAGUAAGAAGAGCGAGCGGAUCACGGCGCUGGAGCGGGAGAAGGCAUCUCUCCUCCGGGAACUCUACCAGAGCCGGUCGCAGGGCCGCAGGGGGAACGAACCCCAGGAUGAGACCGUGUUCAUGUAGCGGGUCGCAGUGCUGUCAUGUGGUGCACACAUGCUCAAAUAAGCCCCUUGCUCAUGAUUAGCAUUUGACAAAUUACAGUUUAAGGGCCUCGCCUACCUGGGUACACUUAGUGUGCAGAGCUUCAAAAAAAAAAAUAAUUCCAAAAACUUCUCAAGAUAUCAACAGCUCAUGAGAAAUUCGGUUUUCGUAUGUCAUUACUGUAUUUUGCAUC